AUGUCUGAGAAUGCCUUUAGAGAACUAAUGAUGGCUGCCACAAAGGGUGUGGAGUUUAGUUUUGAUGACACCAUGUAUAAACAAAUUGACGGAGUGGCUAUGGGUUCUCCACUUGGACCGGUUUUUGCGAAUAUUUCUGUUGGCUAUCAUGAAUGCAAAAUGCUUGCAUCUUCAGAUUUUCCGGAUGUGCUGUGGUAUAAGCAUUUCAACUCUGCUAGACUUCGGGGACCAAAAAGUUCUAGUGGCAGAGGUCGUGUGGAAAUAUUUUACAAAGGAGAAUGGGGAACAAUUUGUGAUGAUGGCUGGGAUUUAAACGAUGCUAAAGUUGUUUGUCGACAACUUGGUUAUGACUAUGCUGUCAUGGCUUUCCAAGGAGGUUAUGUUCCUUAUGGCAGUGGAAGAAUAUGGUUAGACGAAGUUCGUUGUGUAGGAAAUGAAAAUAAUAUUUUGAAUUGUUCACAUAGUGGAUGGGGCUCACAAAAUUGUACACAUGAUGACGAUGCUGGUGUAGAAUGUUUAGUUUUCAACUCUGUUAGACUUCGGGGACCAAAAAAGUCUAGUGGCAGAGGUCGUGUGGAAGUAUUUUACAAUGGAGAAUGGGGAACAAUUUGUGAUGAUGGCUGGGAUUUAAAUGAUGCUAAAGUUGUUUGUCGACAACUUGGUUAUAAGUUUGCUGUCAGUGCUUUCCAAGGAGAUUAUGUUCCUGAUGGCAGUGGGGAAAUAUGGUUAGAUGAAGUUUAUUGUUUUGGAAACGAAAAUAAUAUUUCGAGUUGUUCACAUAGAGGAUGGGGAUCACAUGAUUGUAAACAUGAUGAAGAUGCUGGUGUAAAUUGUUCAGAUUUCAACUCUGUUAGACUUCGGGGACCAAAAAGUUCUAGUGGCAGAGGUCGUGUGGAAAUAUUUUACAAAGGAGAAUGGGGAACAAUUUGUGAUGAUGGCUGGGAUUUAAACGAUGCUAAAGUUGUUUGUCGACAACUUGGUUAUGACUAUGCUCUCAGGGCUUUCCAAGGAGGUUAUGUUCCUUACGGCAGUGGAAGAAUAUGGUUAGACGAAGUUCGUUGUGUAGGAAAUGAAAAUAAUAUUUUGAAUUGUUCACAUAGUGGAUGGGGCUCACAAAAUUGUACACAUGAUGAAGAUGCUGGUGUAGAAUGUUUAGAUUUCAACUCUGUUAGACUUCGGGGACCAAAAAGUUCUGGUGGCAGAGGUCGUGUGGAAGUAUUUUUCAAUGGAGAAUGGGGAACAAUUUGUGAUGAUGGCUGGGAUUUAAACGAUGCUAAAGUUGUCUGUCGACAACUUGGUUAUGACAAUGCUCUCAGGGCUUUACAUGGAGGUGAUGUUUCUUAUGGCAGUGGAAGAAUAUGGUUAGAUGAUGUUCAUUGUGUAGGAGAUGAAAAUAGUUUUUCAAGUUGCUUAUGCGAACCUUAG